AUGGCUGAUCAAACGCCAAUGGCCAAUGGCGCUCACAUUUUGCAGCCACCAUCGGCUCCAUCGUCAACGACUUAUCCAGCACAGUCCACCCACCAGUUGGGAUUUCCUUGUGUGAGAUGCAAGGCAAGGCAUAGGCGCUGUGAUCGCAGUAGACCAGCCUGCCAGUCCUGUCAAAGCGUGGGCCUCGAAGCAGAAUGCAGAUAUCCUUCUGCGGCCUUACCAGUUACCCAGAAUAAAAGUGCCGAGGACGGAAUCACCAAGAAGACUGGUGCUCCAUUUUCAGAGCCAAUGUUCAAUAAUGCCUCUGCUUUACCCACAACGGGUGACAAAAGACCAAGAGCUACACAUAGUCCUUCUGAACGGACCGAGCAUGUCAAUGAUGUGGUUGGAUCAACCAUCCAACAUGAUUUCAGCCAUGCUCAGCAGACGCAGAUACCCCAUCGGCCUCCUGCGAAACGGCAAAAGAUAUCCGAACUUGGCUCUGGAGGUGCCGCUAAGCAAUCUGCGUUAGAACAGGGUCAAAACACACCAUUUGGCACCGGUAUGCCCAGUGGAAGUAGACCGGCUCCUCCACUGCGUAGCAUAUCUCCCACUCUGCCUCAUGAUGAAAUGGAGCUCCGGUGCAACUUGACUACCGAAAUCAACGUCCAGAGAAUGAAAGGUCGCAAUCUUGCAGCAGGGCCUUUGCGCAACAUCGUCAAGCUACUCAUGAAAGCUAAGACUGAACGCCCAACCACUGAACCCAAAAUUGCUGGAUCGAGUGCCGCAUCAUUGAAUGAUGAGUGGCGUGAAGAAGAUGAUCUCAUGCAAAAUGCAACAGUCAAGCUGGAAAAGGGUGGCAGAUGCUCCCGUGCUCUUCUUAGCCGCUUUGAAAACUUCUUAUAUGGCCCAUUGAUGAGCCCCGAGGAAAAGAAGAUGCAAGAGCGUAUCAUAUGUGUUGAAGAGUGCUUGUCAAGUGCAUCGGCGGCUCCAACAUCCGAUCACAACCACCUGUUCCUCCAGCGCCUAAAAAGGAUCAUAUUUGAUCUUGAUUCCUAUGGCUUGGACGAGAAAGACCCACGUAGAGGUGUCCUCUGCACUCAGCUUCUUACAGCCAUAGGGACCGACUCGAAGCUGAGUCCUUCAAAUCGUAGGAAGUUUGCAGAACUUUUAGACCCAGAUGGAGAGAUUGCCAAUGUCAGCACCGGUAGUCCAGGUGUCAAAGCAGAAACUCCGAUCUCAACAAGGAAGGUGCCACCCAAGCCUACCUCUCCACGCGUGCCUUCCUCACACACGCAAGAAACACCCUCAACAAUAACAACAACAACAACAAAAACUCAUCCUCCUCUUUUCCCCUCUUCUUCUUUUCAUCCUCCUCUUUUCCCAUCUUCUUCUUCUCAUCCUCCUCUUUUCCCCUCUUCUUCUUCAACAACAACUCAUCCUCCUCUUUUCCCCUCUCGUUCUUCAUCUACACCAACACCACCUGUGAGACCCAUUGAUUUGACUGACGACACCAUGCCGUCGUCCAAUCCCUUCAUCCGCCCCAAGAGGCGUGUUACUUCUGGUAGUCAGUCGUCGCAAUCCAACGACACUGCGUCGCCUUCCAUGGAGCCGGCGUCCAAGAAACGUCCUGCUUCUGGCGGCCGGUCUGACAACAUGGCUGCCCCGGCUUCCAAGCGUGCUGCUUCUGGAACCCAGUCGUCGAACUCUAACAGCAGCCAGUCUGACAACGUGGCUGCCCCGGCUUCCAACCCUGCUGCUUCUGGAACCCAGUCGUCGAACUCUAACAGCAGCCAGUCUGACAACAUGGCUGCCCCGGCUUCCAAGCGUGCUGCUUCUGGAACUCAGUCAUUGAACGCUUACAGCAUCCUCGGCACGUCUCUUAAGCAUGCUGAUGACCCCAAUGCCGCAGAGAAACUUUGGAAAAUCUUCAUUGCGGAUGAGGCUCCUAUCCUGCCCAUCCUCAAUCUCGAACAACUCAAAGUCGAAUUCACCCUGGCCGUGAGCAAUGGGAGGGUCGGACUCACAGUCAUUGACCCAACUUUCGGGCUUUGCAUUGCAAUUGCCUGCCACCUGACUGAUGAUAACGGUCUCUGGGAAGGCCACAAAUGGUACGAUGCAGCUCUAUCCAACAUGGGUGAUGCCCCCACAACCCGACCUUCGUUUCAAUGGUUCCAUCGCCAAAUCCUCCAAGUCCACUAUCUCCAUAUGGUCGGGCACCUGAAAAUGGCCUGGGAUAUCUUAUCUAUGGCUAUCGGCAGAGCGCAGUCUCUUCGGAUGCAAACUAUGCGUGGUGGAUGUCUCGCCGUAGACGAAGAAUCGUUGGAGCAGGUUCGGUUGGUAUGGCAGUGUCUCUGGACGAAGAAACUGUCUCUCACUCUCCAGCUUGGCGUUGUGGACCAAUCCCUCGACAGCUUUUACAGCUCACCCAUGCCGAUGCAGUCGCAUAUCACUGAUAACAUGGGAGAAUAUAGCGGUCAAGUCGUGGCGCCAUCUUCCUUUCUUGUUGCCUAUGCUUCUCUCUUCAAAUACACUGACGACUUGAUCACCGUUGAGAAUGAUCUACGUGUGACUCGCAUGGAAUGCCCGAUCAAAUGGCUUUCCAGUGUGGACCUGUCUGGCUUCCAGGAACUCAAUGAAAAACUCUCGAACUGGAAGGACGGUCUACCUAAACGCCUGGAAUGGACAGGCAUCGGCUCUGACAGGCAGAAAAGCCCUGUUGCUAUCCGCAUGUGCAUCCUGUCUCAUGUGCGAUAUAUCUAUUUCCGACUUCGUCAAUACCGGCCUUUCUUCAUUCUGAGCCUGCGACUUUCCCAAAAAUGCGCUUGUGAAACGAGCCCCCAUCUCACUGGGGCGGACCUUGAUUCGAUACAUGCGUCUCCUUUCCUCGGCCUUGUCUAUUACAGUGCAGUCAAAUGCUUGAUUGCCGCCCAAGAAAUUGUCAAGACCCUCAAUGCAUCCUAUGCCAUCAUGAAAAAGGAGCCUGCUAAGUAUGAGAUGGUUGAAUACCUCUACGCCGCAGCACUCAUUUUGGUUGCUGCUCGAACGGUCCCACUGUUGAUGAAUGGGGCCGCGCGAGGGAUAUCUGCCCUGCCCACGACGAUCAGCGAGGAGCUUUCUGGGAUUGACAUCUUGCUUCGCAACUACCAAGAGAGUUGCGAACAGGCGCCAAAACUUCAGCAGAGAAUAGCACGUUCACGUGCUGCGGUCCAAUAUCUCACAUUGCAGUCCGUCUCAUGUGAGGGCGUAGUCACAGACAACCGGGUCAAAUUCAAGCCAGUGGUCUGGGGUCGGAUAUAUGACAGACUCGACAUCGACCUUCCCUUCCCUAUGUUCUUAGACCGCUGUCCCUCUAAAGGUAUUUCUGCGGAUGGCUCUGUGGUGUCAGGCCGCAGAAAGACCUUCGGCUGGUUGGAAAGUCUGACGACGGACCACGUCAACUAA